AUGAAUAUUUCAUCAUUUUUAUUAGCUUUUUUGUUUACAAUUUCUGGCCAUUCUGAAUCAACACUUAUCGUUAUGCUUGAAACCUUAACACUUUUUCAACAUAUGGUAACUUUUCGUAUUGCAAUUCCGUAUCAUAUAGGCAUUAUUAAAUCCAAUAGAAAAUAUUACCUUGCUGUUGUUCAAUCAUCUCCAAAUAUUGAUAUAUCAACAUCAAUUAAUCCAUCUCGAGAAUGUAUUCCUAUCGAAAAAUUGUUUAAUUCAACAUUAAUGAGCAUGACUCAAUUUCAAGGAAUAAAAUUUUAUCAUAUUCCAUGUCAAACUCAUUAUGAUUUGAAUUGUUUCAUUGAUGAAGCUUAUCUUUGUUUAUGUACUAAUGAUCGUCAUGCAAAUUGUGUUGAAUUUAAUUAUAAUAAAAAUCUUCAAUGUUCAUCUUCAAAUCAUUGUUCUAAUGGAACAUAA